CUCACUUUUAGGGUUAUGUUUUUCCUUCAAUCUUUAAUAUUGUGAAAUUUAGCCUGCAUACAAAUCCCCUAAAAUUAUGUAUGCGAUUUGAAAUAUCUUAGUACUAAGUUCUACUUCAAAUUGAGUCAAAAGUUGUCAUACGAUAUCUCAUUAUGUUACUUCAUGUUUUAUUUACUGUAGGCCUACUUGAAUAUUUCCCGCCAAGGUCCAGACAUAAUGUCUGCAUUGCAUUGCUAAACCUCUGAGAAAUAUUAGUUUAGGCCUAUUAAUUCUUUAUGUCCUGAGUAUUUUCUUGGUGUAAAAUUACACACGAAUUAAUUCACAAUCAUGCCAAUAAUAUCAAUUGAGAGGAUAGUGAGUGUCAAUAGUGAAGACCCAGCCAACCCAGCUGAUAAUCUACUCAAACCGGAUAAUAAAAGGAAGUGGAAAUGCAAGAUCGGAGAAAAACAGGCAUCCGUUAUUUUACAAUUAAAAGAAAGUGUUAUUAUAGAAGCUAUAGAUGUUGGAAAUGAACAUUCUGCUUUUGUGGAAGUACUUGUUGGAAGAUCAAGUUCUCACAAUGAAGACUACAAAGUCUUACUGGUGGCAUCAUCUCUAAUGACACUGCGUGAAGCUAAGGACGGAACCAAUGUGAAUAGUGUUAGAUUCUUCAAAAAAGCAGACUUCACAAAGCCAACUUGUGAUGAGAAAUGGGACAGAGUUAAGAUAGUGUGCACUCAGCCCUUCAACAAACACGUCCAGUAUGGAUUGGCGUUUGUCACCUUGCACGCUCCGGGGGACCCGGAAUCGGGAGACGCUAGUGGGAGUUUGGGACGAUUCGCUCUCAAAGAGGACGAAGAGGAUUCACCAGCAGUUGGAAGCUGGUUUGCCAAGAGAAAAGAUCCUCCAGCUCCGAUUCCUCCAGGUGCGGCAGCUGCUGCCAGAGAUGCUUCUUCACCAGCCACCAUUGCACGAGGGACAAAUCACAAACCCACACAGAGGAAACCUAAGACCAACACUCCGAAAAAUGGAGUGUUAAAACCAGACAAGGUAGAAAGUAAGAAAACACCUAAAAGAGAUCCAGACAAAGAUGAAAGUAAGAAUUUGACCCCAAAAAGAGAUCCAGCUAAAAUUACAAAACCACUACAGCAACUUCAAAUGACCCUUCCAGAUGAUGAAGACUCGCCAGCAGACGACACAGAUGCGGAUUCCACCUACUCUCCAACCAAAGACAGAGUGUCGGUUUUAACUGAUGACGAGGUUAUCCCAGAUGAUUCAGAUGAUGAGAGACCAACAAAGAGGCCAAAGAGGACUAAGAAAGAUGAUUCUACAAUUGGGUCCAAACACAGAAAUACCUUCAAUGGACAAACACCAAAACUAAAAGUGAAUGAUUCAGGCGGCUCUAAGACUAAAGUGCCAAAAGAAACCAGACCUUUCAAUCGUCUUUUUGAUGGCGUUACCAUUGUCAUCAGCGGAUAUCAAAAUCCAUUGAGAGGGGAACUGAGAUCCAAGGCUUGUGCUAUGGGAGCCAAAUAUAAGGCGGAUUGGGAUAACCAAUGCACCCACCUUAUUUGUGCUUUUGUAAAUACACCCAAAUUCAACCAGGUUAAAGGAAGAGGAAAAAUCGUCAAGAAAGAGUGGGUAGAACAUUGUCACAGUCAACACAAGCGACUGCCUUGGCGGAGGUUUGCUCUUGACAGAAAUGACGCUGGUAGUUCAAGCGAGGAGGAGGUUUGGGAAGUGGGGUCAGUGGCUACAACCAGCAGUACCACUACGACAGGCAGUAGUGUGAAUGCAAGUGUUGCCAACAGGCGUGAUAGCUCUGGCUCUGGAUCUGAUACUGAGGAAGAAAUUGAAAGAGUGCGAGCAAGGCAAGCUCAAGCGAAGACCAAACCAGCUGAUAAACCUGAUGAUCCGUUUUCUGCCGACACAGAUGUUGAGAGCGACUCUGAGAGCCAAACAAAACAUCUACCUUUGCCAACCUUGCCUACGAUCUUCUCAGACAUCACAUUUCAUUUGGGCUGUGAUAUUGACCAAGAGGAGAGGAGGAAACUUCAUAGAUACAUCGUCGCAUAUAAAGGGAGUGUGGUUGACGAGAUGGAAGGCAGCGUUGAAUACGUCAUCACUAGAUCAGCAGACAUAGCUGCAGAGGUCGGUGAAGAGUUCGGAGUCAGCUGUGUAUCGCCUGAUUGGGUCUGGGAGUGUAGUGACACUGGAAGAUUUAUUCCUGUCAACCAGUUUAUUUUAUAGUACAAAUCUUUCACACUUUCUUAAGGUCACGUUUGUUACUACAUUAUACCACCAUUGUUUUAGUUUUAAAAUAUAACUUAUUGUAUAACCUUUUUA